AUGUCACAUCUCCAGUACUUCGACUACAAAGGUUUCGGCGAGCGAGUGAGGAAAGACACACACUACAGCCAAGCCGUACGAAUCGGCGACCGAAUCGAGAUCUCAGGCCAAGGUGGGUGGGACAGAAUCACAGAAGAAAUCCCUACGGACAUCGACAAGCAAGUCGACCAGGCCUUUGCUAACGUCGAGCAUGCAUUGCAGCAGGCUGGCGGUAAAGGGUGGGAGCAGGUGUUCAAGGUCCGCGGGUACUUUGCAGGCGAGAAUUGGGAACAGGCAAUGGGGGCUGCGGUGAGGAAUCUGAGGGCGUAUUGUCCUAAUCAUCAGCCUUUGUUGACGGGGAUUGUGGUCGCAGGGCUGUAUAAUAAUAUGGCUCUUGAAAUCGAGGUUGAGGCUCAUCUGGGAUAGGAGAUGUAUGACGAUGGGUUUUGAGAUAGGAGGGA